CUCCAUUUGCAUUGACCAAACCAAAGGCAAUUUCCAUGACAUUUACACACCAAUCCCAAAGAGUCAUUCCCCUAUAUGAAUAAAACUGUGAAAUAUUCAAAUUAACACACAUUUGUGGGAAUGGAUGAAAAUUUGUAUGAAGCUGUGUUACAAGUCAAACUGUCAAACUGGAUUUGUAUUAAAUGUAGAUUCUCUGCUCUGUCUAGAAUAUUCUAAGAGAGUGUACCAAGGCGUCCGAGUGAAGCACACAGUCAAAGACCUGCUGGCGGAGAAGCGACUCCGACAGACAAGCCCCAGAUACAGCGGAGGAUCAACCAGUCCUCAUUCAUUUGUCCAGAUGCCAGGGUCUCACAUGCUGCCCAGCUACUACGGCAUGAGGCGUCCCUUCAUCUCAGAGUCAGACUUCUGCCCUUCCACCAAGCAGUUCAAUCCUGACGUGUACUCGCCUACACUGGGAGGUAAACCUCUGGGCUGCGAGCCGUCCGCUAUGAGCAGCUACUCCUCCUUCAUUGACAGCUAUUACCCAGAGACCUUCGGUGAAUACCGCAGCGCCGCCGCCUUCUCCAGCUCUGGAGGCUCCUUCCUGCCCUCAUCGGCCCUCUCAUCCCUGCUGCCCUUUGGUGGAGAGUCCUCACAUUUAUUUCUGAGAGACACAUGGGAGCAGUCAGUUCCAGAGCCAGUAUCCCAGGUGGAGGCUCUGUGUCCAGACAGCCUGGCCUCCGUUAGUGUCCCGCCCUCCAUGCCCAGCCCAGACCCCCCGGGGAGCCCCUCCCAGUACCGCUCCCCCAGCCGAGGCUCCUCCAUGGGCCCCGUCUCCAGCAGCCAGCCCUACACCCUGCACUCCCUGGAGGAGGCCCACUACCAUCCUUUAACCUCCAGCAGCUCUUACCCGGGCCCCUCCACCUCCUUCUCCUGCCCGUCCUACAUGAGCACUCCCAUUACCGACCUGGUGUCCAAGAUGGUGACGGAGGAGGCGGCCGACAGCCACGCCGGCCUCCCCCCCGGCAGCGAGGCGCACUCCUCCUGGGCCAAAGAGGACGGAGUGAGCUCCUGGUCGCCCUACGAGAUCAGGAGGGCCUACUGA